GAGCAGAGAUCUGUUUACAAACCCAAGGCAGAGCAGAGCGAGAGCAAGGGGAGGAAGGGAAAGGCAAACUGCAAGCUCUCUCUGAGCACCAUUGAGGACUGAGAGAGGAAGAGGGGAAGCCUGCCAUGACAAAGCCAGCUGGAGGUGGGAGAGACUAAAUACGACACACGCAGACACACUCCUGCACACACACUGCCUUUGUCUCUGAUUUUUUUUUUCUCAAUUGAGCGAGCAGAUGGUUAGAGGGAGAGUAGGAUCCCCCCCCUCAAAACACUUGCAUACACACAUGCACUGACUGACACACAAACACACACUCAACAGCAAAAUAACAAACCCAGCUACAGGACUGUUGUUGCAUGGAGCUUUCUUCACUUUGUUUGGGCUUAGAGGGGAGCAUAUCUUUGUCUUUCCAUACUGAGGAGGAAUACCCACUGCAGGAUCAGAGGACUGGAGGAGGAGACAACAUAAGAGGAGAGGGGGAUGAGACUUGUGAAAAUCCUCUGUUAAAAAAGCAGCUUUGGGAGGAAGACAAAGCAUAAGCUAAUGCCAGAUAAUUACCUUCAGUGGACAAGGACUGUCAUACUGAAGGGUUGCUGUCGUCGACUUUGGUGAGGGGACAACACUGCAGAUCAAAGUGAAGUCUGAGAGACCCCUUCUUUUCUGGAAAUGAGCACAUGAGGUCUUCAGUCCUGGUCCAAGCCCCAGUCUAAAAUCUCACAAUCUUUACACCGAGUGGUUAAUCCAGAUUUGGGAAUGCUGGGCGUCACAGGCUGCUGAGCCAACAAAACCGCACCUUCUGAGGAUUUGUGGAAUCUGAGCAAAUCUGAAAAUCUUGAUGGUUGUUUUUUGAGGAAAGAACACCACCCUGGAAGAGAGCGAUUCAGGUCAGGGUGUCUGACUCCAAGCUCCAAACAGAUCCAGUGUCCCAAGCUCCGGCCCACGAGUUUGGCACCUUUCCAGCCUUCUCCUGACAGGGCCUGAAUUUACUGCUGCCGAGCUGGGAGUCGAAUUUCAUGCAACCAUUCCAAUGGUGUAACGGAUGCCUGUGUGGUUUGGGUUCUCAGCGCUCUGAACACUACUGCAGCAUGACGUCUGACAUCUAUCACCUCCCGCUCAAUGUGUAUGUCAUUGUGCUGGGCAUCGGCCUCUUUGUCUUCAUGCUCAGCCUCAUCUUCUGCUGCUACCUUUUCAGGUUGAAACAACAAGGAACGAGGGAGCAGUUCAGCUACAAUGAGGUGGUACUGAAGGGAGCAAGCAAGAAACUCAGCCUCCUGGGACAAACUUGUGCCGUGUGUUUGGAAGAAUUCAGGACCAGAGAUGAACUUGGAGUGUGCCCUUGCUCACAUGCAUUUCACAAGAAGUGCCUCCUCAAGUGGCUGGAGAUCCGCAGCGUGUGCCCAAUGUGUAACAAGCCCAUCCUCCGGCUCCAUAAUGAUGCUAACCAGGGUGCCGAGGGUCCAAUGGACCCAGAGGAGGUGUGAAAGAACUCAGAGAGGAAACUUCUCUGUACAGAAAACACACAUUAACCACCCAAAGUACGAUGAACAGUGGUCAUCUCUAAGACAUCUCACAGGAAAUGUUGAAAAUGAUCCCAGGUGGCUGCCCUGCUGCUGACCUUUGAGCAAUAUGCCAUGGUAAGAAUUGGAUAUCGACUGAACCAAAACUAUUUGGUCAGAUCAGUUGAGAAGAGGGUGGAUGAAGAGGACCUUCUCAUAAAAAUGCUCCAAGUUCUCCCAUAUUGCACUGUUCACCAAUAAACAUGACAGCAAAAAAAGGAGCCACAUUAGAGAGCAGGAAAUCAUCGCCACUGUCACAGACGACUAGUGCAGCACUGCCAGAGACCAACAACACUUUGGGCUCUGAGCAGGACAUCAGAGUACAGGAUCAGUAUGGAUACCUCUAAUAUCUCAGGCCGAAACAGCCAGCACAAACCAUGUCAGUCACCCUAUAACCCUCGUGCCACACAUGCAUCUUUAGUACUGCCAAUGUUGGUGAAACUCUCCAGCAGUCAGAGGUAGCCACAACCUCCAGCUGAACACAAGACCAGCAGGAUAACAACCAUGAAGAGUAAGAAGACAAUAUCAUUUCCAGCUGUGACCCUUCCCUUUUAAAAAAAAAAAAAAAGAGACUGAUAGAAUACUAGUCUUGCCGGUAUGUAUUGUACGUAAACAUGUCCCUAUAUAUUGUUAUUUUGUAUUUGUUGCUUUUAAAUAAAAUGUCACAUACUGUA